GGGCACCACAGGCAGCGCAGCUGCUGCAGGCACUGUGGCUGUGGCUGUGCUGCUGCACGGAGCUCUCAGUGCUUGCAGCUGACACGUGCCUCUGGCAGCCAUGAAUUGGCUCGGCCUCCUCGUCCUGCUGACUGUGGCAGGGCUGGUACACGGGACAUGGGACAACUGUGGAGGGACCUGCGGGCUCCGAGCCGUGGUGUCUGACUACGGCCUCAUGACGUACUACUACGGCGACAUGGCUUAUGAAUCCGGCAUGACACGCAUCGUGGGUGGCACAGGGGCCCUGCCAGGGGCCUGGCCCUGGAUGGUCAGCAUCCAGCACCCCUGGAUACCAGGCCUGGGGCAUCUGUGUGGAGGGUCCCUCAUCAGCACACAGUGGGUCCUCACAGCAGCCCACUGCUUCGACAAAUUUGAUAACAUCAGUCUGCUGUACGUGGUGAUUGGUGCCACACAGUUGACUCAGCCGGGCCAUGGGGCACAAAUGCGCAGUGUCAAGCAGGUGGUGAUUCACCAGUACUACAAUCCUGCUGACAUGAGCUAUGACAUCGCCCUGCUGGAAUUGGACCAUCCUGUCCAGUGCAGCCCCUACAUCCAGCUGGCCUGUGCACCCGACGCCACACUGAGAGUGUCAGAGCUGCAAAACUGCUGGGUGGCUGGCUGGGGUGCCACUGCUGCAAGAUCUCAACAAGAAAGUGAUCACCUGCAGGAGGCCAAGGUCCAGCUCAUUGAUGUCCAGCUCUGCAACAGCAGUGACUGGUACGCAGGAGAAAUCCACACCCACAACUUGUGUGCUGGUUACCCUCAGGGCAACAUCGACACCUGCCAGGGUGACAGCGGUGGUCCUCUCAUGUGCCAGGACAACAACGCUGAUUACUGGUGGGUUGUUGGACUGACCAGCUGGGGAAGAGGCUGUGCCAGAGCAAGGCAGCCUGGAAUCUACAUCUCCACUCAGUACUUCUAUGACUGGAUCCUGGUCCACACAGGCGCAAACACAGUUGGAAGGGGUUCUCCAACAUCACAAACCUGGAGUAAUUUUAUGACGGCUCACCUACCAACUCUGAAGCCAUGGCCAACACGUCCCCUUCCCACUCAUAAGCCAUGGCCAGCACGACCCCUUCCCACUGUUAAGCCAUGGCCAACACUACUUCCCACUCCUAAGCCAUGGCCAACACUACCUCCCACUCCUAAGCCAUGGCCAACACUACCUCCCACUCCUAAGCCGUGGCCAACACGACCCCCCACUUAUAAUCCAUUGCCAACACCCCCUCCCACUCCUAAGCCGUGGCCAACACAACCCCCCACUUAUAAUCCAUUGCCAACACCCCCUCCCACUCCUAAGCCGUGGCCAACACGACCCCCCACUUAUAAUCCAUUGCCAACAUCCCCUCCCACUCCUAAGCCGUGGCCAACACGACCCCCCACUUAUAAUCCAUUGCCAACAUCCCCUCCCACUCCUAAGCCAUGGCCAACACAACCCCCCACUUAUAAUCCAUUGCCAACACCAAUCCCGUCUCAAAAGCCUUGGCCGACAGUGCCCCCCACUCCAAAGCCAACAGCAUUGGGUGAGCUUAGCUCCUGCCCAUUUCCACUCAACAAGCUGGUAGACUUCUUUACUAAGGUGAAGAAGCUCCUUCAUGAGGUCCUUGGACAAAACACAGCUUGAGCAGCAAGACAGGAGGGAUCCAGGGCAGGCUGCAGUGCACCCACAACCAUUUCCUGCUGGGGCAAUGCCUGCUGAUCCAAAGGCAGCCUCAGGGUCAAAAACCUGCUCUGUCCUGACCACACUCCUCUCCUGUGUGCAGGCAAACACUGGAGUUGACUAAGUUGUUGAAAUAAAAUUACCUAUGCUCAAAGUGAA